CUACGUCAGACGUCCUUGCGUCAGCGCUCGCUGCUUUCAAAGGGAUACGAUUUUGUCAGGUUCAAUUGUGUUUGCUCCAUAACAACUCGGUUAGUAAUCAUGACCAACCAACUUUGCAAGCUGUUUGUCGGUGGAUUGAACGUCGAGACUACAGACGAUGGACUUCGGCAACAUUUCGAGCAGUACGGCCAGUUAACCGACUGCGUAGUGGUCCAGAACCAACAGCUACAAAGGUCCCGGUGCUUCGGCUUUGUAACCUACUCAAGCGCGGAGGAGGCCGACGCAGCCAUGGCCGCCAGGCCACAUGUCGUCGAUGGUACCAACGUGGAGUUAAAAAGGGCAGUUGCACGGGAAGAUGCCGGUCGGCCAGAGGCACUCGCCAAAGUUAAGAAAAUAUUUAUCGGUGGGCUGAAAGACGACAUAGAAGACGACCAUUUGAAUGAUUAUUUCUCUCAAUUCGGCGCAAUUGAGAAGGCCGAAGUCAUCAGUGACAAACAGACUCUCAAAAAACGAGGAUUCGGCUUUGUCUACUUUGAAGAUAAUGACUCUGCCGACAAAGCAGUGGUGCUGAAGUUCCACACAAUCAAUGGGCACAAAGUGGAGGUGAAGAAGGCCCUCACCAAGCAAGAGAUGCAGUCAGCCGGCGGUCGGGGCAGAGGCGGGCGAGGAAUGAGGGGGUCUCAAAAUGGCUACGACGGCGGAAGAGGUGGCGGCUACGGCAGCUAUGGCGGUAGCUAUGGAGGAAAUGAUGGCGGCUACGGUGGAGGAUACGGCAACGGAGGUGGUUACGGUAACCAAGGGGGAUACGGAGGAGGUUAUGGAGAUCAAAUGGGGGGCAGUUAUGGUGGGAACGGUUACAAUGACUUUGGCGAAGAUUACGGACAGCAGUCCUCCGGCUAUGGUGCAAUGAAAGGGAGUAAUUAUUCAGGCAGGAGCGCUGCACCGUACUCCCGUGGAGGCGCCAGUGGUUAUGGCAGGGGUGGAUAUGGAGGUUAUUAGACACCGUUGACCACAUUUGACCCAAUCAUUUGAAAUGUUCUGAAAUUCUGAUUCAUUGACCUGCAUUUACACACACUGGUCGAAGUUCCCCAUUUAUUUGUUGCUACUAUUUAAGUACACGUGCCCCUAUCCUUCCUCCCCUAUCCUAGCCCCUCCAUCUGGACUACACCAUUGUCCCUAGGCGGCGCUACUAAAGACAUUAUGGACGACUUUAUUACCCGUUCACUUUUCUGACUUGUCAAUGUAGUUUAGUGAUUCCUUUCAACAUUUUGUUUUAGUAUUUAAUUGUAGUUAACGUCGCUGCUUCCAAGACUUUCGUAUGAUACUGUAUGCCAUUAGUACCAGCCAGGUUAAUAACAAGACAUAUUGUUUAGCAACAUGAAACUCAGGGGUAUUAAUGGAGUUGAAAGCAGUCUUAGUGUAUGCUUGAGUGUUUUAAGAUCAUAAUAUUUCGAGUCAAAGUAUUUCAAUCAUUUAUGGUUAUUGUAUUAUUAUACUUUUUUAAAUGGUUACCUCCGAAUGCUUUUCUCCGUCCAAUAUGUACUAUUCAAUACCUUGCGAAUCAAUGCAGUUUUGUGGAAUGUUACUUAAAUCCUGAAUAUUAAUUAGUUGGCUAUUGAGCCUCACUCUAUUGGCUGUAUUAAAGUUUUUAAAGUUUGAAAGCAA